AUGCGUUCUAAAGCUGAGAUACUCUCCUUAUAUCGCACACUCGUCCGUGCCGGAGAUGCAUCGGUGCUGCAUUCUAGACCGGCUGUGUAUGACGUAAGAAGGCGUCUCCGUCAGGCAUUUGAAGAAUAUCGUUAUGUAGAUGACGAGAAAGAACAAGAAGAUUUGUUUGAACGUGGAAAAAACACGGAAAAGCUUUUCAAAAUUGCAGCUCGACGCGGUGGACCUGAGCACAAAAGUAUAGUUAAUCUUUGCGAAAUGGCUUUUUUGGACAAAUUAUACGCAAGACGCCCCCCAUAUGGGAAUAGAAGAAUGAAGCAGUACGAAAAUCAACUACACAAAGAGAGUAUGAAUAUGUACAAGCGGACACUCAAAAUGGCGAACGAUGAAUUACGACUCGGCUUACGAUAG